AUGCGUUUACCAAUCCACUGUUUGGCCGCUGCUUUGGCCUUGAUUCAAGCUACGUUCGUUAACGGUUGGGCAAUGCGACUUGAACGGAAUUUAGAGGAUGAGAAUGAUAUGCUCAACAGAGAGUGGUACAACCUGAAGGCACACGGUGGUGUGAAAAGAUGCUCAGCAGCUGCAUCGGCAGAUGGUUUCCCUGUAUCAGGAUUCUCAAUUACAAACUUUGGACCUCUAGACGACGGAUUUAGAGAGAAGGAAGCUGCGCCAAAAAAGUGGCGAGACAGACUUGGAUGGAUGGGCUUUUGGAAAAAUGGACAAUGCCAGGGCUUACCAACCGUCAUAGUACAUUUCUACAACGUCCCAUACACGAGACAAGCUAUAUACUUCCCCAAGCUAUUGAAUUUCUCUGAAGACAUUGAUGAAGGAGAUAUUUCAUUUGCUCGGUACGGUGAUAUUCCUUUCGGAAACAUUUGGUUUCAUGGUAAUAGACAAAUCCCUGAGGGAGCUGUUGCAGUCCGCAAGAGUCCGAGUCAAAGAGCUGGUAAACCCGAAUAUGAAGACGAAUUCGUCAUUUUCAAGAAUGCUGUUCGAGUAUUAAAUGUUGGCCCGAAUAACGACAGGUCACUAGUUGACCCUAGUGACCGUCGAUGGGAUCUGAGCGGCACUGUAUCGAAGAAAGUUGAUCCUUCCAAGCCCGAUUCCGAUCCCACAGCAUGGACGCCGGACGUUACGACUCGAUAUAUCCAAAUCCACGAUGGAGCCAAUAUAUCAGCAAACGAGGAGUCAGAUCGUACAGUGCAGGAGUUCCUAGGAUUAGUACCUACGAACGAAGGGCGCGGGCAACUUCUGAGACCCCCCACCAAAUAUCUAACUCUAAUGUGGGGUGGUGCCGAGGGUGAUGAGGACGAAGAUAGGCCCUCGGAGGACCAGAGAGCUGAAGAAGAAGAGGAGCCGCGAACCAUAGCAGGCACAAGUAAAAGGCCCGAAUUAGAAGAGGAGCUUGCACUCCAACAGGCAGCGUAUCGAUCAUUUGAUAGCCAAAAUCGAGGCCCCAGCGGUCCCGGGUCCACACAGCCCCCCUCUUCGCUACAAAACACAGGGACUAUGGAGACCGAGCCUCUCGACCCACACAAUGCAGGAGCUGCACAGGCUGAAUCUGAGCAAUACACGGAACCACAAAUUUCUGACUACAAGAAAAUUAAAUCACGCCUCGAGACUAAAGAAAUGCUUUCCACAUUGUUAGAAAAAUACCCUAAUUGGACAGAGCUUACAGGCGAAGAGAGGCGCCAGAGAUACAAUGAAUUUCAGUCCGAGAAGAAACAAAAAGACAUCCAGAUGGUCCGUAAUCUUAUAGAAGAUACCUCCAAAUGGCAGCAGCUAUCACCAGAAGAAAGAUAUAGACUAUACCGGCAGCUUGACACAACUGCUAAUCGAGCGAGAAACACAAUGCCGAACGAACAAAACCAAACACAUCGAUCGCAACAAGAAUUGGAACGGGAGAGAGAGCGACUGAAGAAAGAAGCAUCAAGACGCGAAGCUGAAAAGCAAAAGCGACAAGAAGAGCGAGAAAAGCGACUGAAAGAAGAAGAAGUCGCCAACGAAAAGUCGGUUGUGGAAUUUAUAAGCACUUUGGCUCAAGAACGUGCACGCUAUGAAUCUAGUGAAGAGGAAGAUAGUCCGGAGCCCCAGCGGAAUGCAGGCUCGAAUAACCCUCGCCCACCGGGCUAUUUGUAUGCUGGCAUCUACAGUUCAGAUAUUCCACCCCCUCAAUCAAACAUCGCUGGGAAUAUGAACCAGAAUAACGCUCGUUCACUGAGCUCUGGUGGCAGCUAUACUUCAAACAAUCCGCCCAACUCCGGCGGGAACAUGGGCCAGGGUAACCGGCCUCCGUUCAAUCCUACUGAAAGUGUGAAUCGAAAUAGUUCGCCAUUUUUGCCAAAUCCUGGUAGCAAUACAAGUCAAUACAAUUCUCGUCCACCGAACUAUGGUGGUAGCUAUACUUCGAACAAUCCACCCAACUUCGGCGAGAACAUGGGCCAGGGUAACCGGCCUCCGUUCAAUCCUACUGGAGAUGUGAAUCGAAACGGCUCGCCACUUUUGCCAAAUUCCGGUAGCAAUACAGGUCAAUACAAUCCUCGUCCACCGAACUAUGGUGGUAGCUAUACUUCAAACAAUCCACCCAACUUCGGCGGGAACAUGGGCCAGGGAAACCGGCCUCCGUUCAAUCCUACUGAAGGUGUGAAUCGAAAUAGUUCGCCAUUUUUGCCAAAUCCUGGUAGUAAUACACGUCAAUACAAUUACAACCCUUAUCUGCCAAAUAAUGGUGGAAACAUGGGCCAGAACUACCAAAACCCUUCUAAUGCUGGCAGAAAUCUUAAUCCGAAUAGUUCACCCUUCCUACCACAGCCUGGUAGUAAUGUCGUUCAGAAUAACCCCCGCCCACUGAAUACUAACGCAAAUCUGGGACAAAAUAACCAGCGGCAGUUAAAUCCUAGUAGCAACAUUAACCAAAACAAUCUACAAUCCCAGCAAAACCCUAGUGGAAACAUGGGCCAGAGUAACCCUCGCCCGCAGAAUAUGGGAGGAAACAUUAAUCCAAACCCGCAAAACCCCGGAGGAAAUACAAAUAUGAAUAACGCACAACCUCAACCCAAUGCUGGUGGAAACGCGAACCAGAACCCAAGGCCCCCUAGGAGGUGGGAGUAUGGCAGCCAAGGACCUGGGCCAGGGGUUGACUACUUCACAUCUAAUAAUGUGAACACUGGUAUGAAUGAGCCGCCUUUUUACCAAGACUACGCUCGUAUGGGCUUCGCACGGCCAUAUGAUCUGCCACAUUCCAAUACAGGAGGCCCGCCGAAUACCCAGCUUGACGGUGGCCCAAGCAGCCGGGUCCUAACAGCAGUGAAUAUGAUUCUUAACGACGAUUAUUCAAGGGUAGCCCCAAGCCAAGAGAUCGCUCCAUCUAGUAGCAACAAUGCUCUCAACAAAGGAAAUACAAUGGAGGAGGAAGUCGAGGAGGAGGAAGAACAAAAUAAUCUUCAGGUUGGAAACAACGGCCCGGAAUGGGGCAGCAAUUCACUCUGGGAGUCCCGAGAUGAUGAUACAGAAAAUAACCCGGGUGAUGAGUUUUCCGCUUACAACUUUGGGCCGCGUAGAUUAAGGUAG